CAGCUUGGACCCUUUCCCGUCCCCACUCCAAGACAAGACCACUCCAAUCAGUGCCACCCUGGACCAGUGCCACACAGAAACCCUCUCUCCAAAACCCAUUCUUAUCACAGUCCCCCUUUUGUCCAGUUUUCUCUACCCUGUGCUUGAAAGAAAACGGGUACUCCUAUUCUGAAUCCCCUUGUUUUUUUGCCAUACUAAGAAUACUCACUCAUCAUAACCGAAUCUUUCUCAUCACAGUGCAGCUUUCACUGUCCUGGUCUUAAAAAUAUAUCCUACGCUUAAAAAAAAGUAUUAGUAAAUUCUGAAUCCUUCGCUGUGCUCUUAAUCCUGCAAUAAUGUACUUGAUCCCUUCCAUACUCGCUUGAAUCUCUUGAAUCUCAUAUGUCCACUUAUUCACUCGUUGGACACUCGCACCCCUCUUUGCACACUUAAUUCCUUUUAUGAAGACUUAGAUCCACGCCAUGCAUUCUAAUCCCUCUAAAACUCUCUUGAAGCUUUCAUGCACACUUAAUCCUAUUCAGUAAGGCUUAAAUCCUCUUCAUGCAGUCUUAAUCUCACCAAAACCCCUUCAAAGCUUAUCUUACACACUUAAAUCCCCUUCAGGAAGACUUAAAUCCUCUAUAUGCCUUCCUAACCUACUAAAACUACUGAAACCCUCUUUGUACACGCUUAAUCACGCUAAAACCCCUUCAAAACUUAUCUUACACACUUAAAGCCCCUUCAGGAAGACUUAAAUCCUCUAUAUGCCUUCCUAACCUACUAAAACUACUGAAACCCUCUUUGUACACGCUUAAUCACGCUAAAACCCCUUCAAAACUUAUCUUACACACUUAAUCCCCUUCAGGAAGACUUAGAUUCCCAUUGUGCACUCAUGAUCUCACAAAAACGCCUUGAAAGCUUAUCCAUGCACACUUAAUCCCAUUCAUUAAUCUCCAAAACCCUGCCCUUGUACCGUGACCCAUGGAUCCCUUUGAAGGACCCUCACACUCCUUCCCCUGGACUAACGGGUACUUAGAAGCCAGGCAAGAUAGGCUUAACCCACGACGUGGCCGAAGAAGACAGCCCAGGCCUCCAGCGUGGGUACGUGCGCCUCUCGUCAACCUGCACGGCUCCACUUCUACCACCGCCACCACCAGGAGCUCCCGCUAUGGCACCCUUCAGCCCAUCACAAGGUUCUGCAGGCCGGGAGACAUCAGGAGUCUCGCCGAGCCCAUCGCAGCGCUCAUAGAUAACAGAUCCAGCAGGGACAUAAUCUUGUUCCUGCAGGCUGCCUCCAAGGAUGUCAGGGAACAGGUGUUUUGGGGAUUAUGCCUCCAGAUGUUUGACUUGUUCAGGCAGCAGCAGCCCACCUUGCAGUCUCCGUGGAUCAGGAUUUUGCUGUCAAGGCAAUGGCCAAUCCCAAAGAGGGAUUUUGGAGCAUACCAGGCCACCACCAGGUACCAGGAGGAAUAUGAAGAGCUGGAGGAGCUUGGCCACGGUGGCUUUGGCCGGGUAGUGCGGGCGAGGAAGAAGCUGGAGAAGGUGGACUAUGCUAUUAAGGUGGUCAAGAUGGACGACAUGAACGAGUCUUCCCUGGAGGAGUGUGUGCCGGAGGUGAGGACGCUGGCCACGCUGGACCAUCCCCAUGUGGUGCGCUACUACACGGCCUGGUUGCAGCUGGAGAGGUGGGCCGGUGCCACCCUCAGGGAACUCGACAGUGACUCGAGUGGUGACUACACUGAAGAUUCCUCCAGUGAUGACAGCGUGUGUGCAGACCCCCCGUCAGGACAGGGGGGCACCAUCCCUGAUGACGACAUUGUGGUGUUCCAGGACACUGGGCCGGGGGAGGCAGCAGCCCAGCCUCCCUCAGGCAAGCACACCCCGGGCCUCAAACGCUCCCAGACCAAUGGCCAGCCUCACAGCUCCCUCCUGCCCUACCAGCCCCACCCUGUGCCGCCGCUCAGGGAAGUCCUAUACAUCCAGAUGAAGCUGUAUGGAAAGUCGCUGAGGAAGUGGAUGGACGACAGGAAUGUCAGUGACUCUCUGGUGGUGGAGUCGGUGUGCCUGAAAAUUUUUCGUCAAGUUUUAGAGGCAGUGUGUUAUAUUCACCAUCGAGGAUACAUACACAGGGAUAUUAAGCCGGCUAAUAUUCUCUUCACGCUGGAGGGAAACGACGUCCUGCUUGGGGAUUUCGGUCUGGCACGGCUCAUUGCUCACCCGCCCAGCGCUUCGUCACCCAGCGGCCUGUCCUCCGCCAAAUAUACCCUCAAUGUGGGCACUCCAGUUUACGCUGCCCCGGAGGUGAAGGAAGGGAAUUAUGGGGAGAAGAGUGACAUGUACAGCCUUGGGAUUAUUCUGCUGGAGCUCUUCAUGGUGCUCAAGACGGAUUGUGAGAGGAGCAUCGUUAUCAGAAAUCUUAAAGAAAACGGCGACCUUGAUCCUGACUGGACAAAACGCUGGCAUUCUAUUGCCGAGUGGAUCAAGAGACUCGUUGAUAAAGACCCAGCCAAGCGGCCGUCAGCCAAGGAAUUACUAGAGUCAUCGCUGUUUCCCCAGCCAGAGCCACCGCCGUCAUCCCCCGUUGCUGCUGGCGUCCUCCCAGUGCCGACACUCACGCUCACUGCCCAGGGGGUGGAUGCUGCAGCUGCCUCUGUUGAAUUUUCUCGUUCGCAGCUUAUGAGUGUUACUUCAAUUGAGACUAAUCGCAUUACCGCUGUGGAGUCCGUUAAUAACCAUGCCGUUCGUUUGGAGGUGCGUUCUUCGAAGGAUGAAGAAAUUGCAUCUUUGAAGAAAGAGAAUGCCAUCUUGAAGGAACAAAACGAUGAUUUAACACGAGAGCUGGAGGCACUGAAGCGUAACCUGAGGGACUGCAAGAUUGGUGAUGCCGUGCAGACCAACGAAGAUUAGCACUGCAGAUGUGGAUUACCAAUGUCUGUGUGAUACAUUCUUAUAUCUUAUAUCUUCUUUAUAUGUUAUUACAAUUGAUACCGCUAGAAACUAUUAGCCAACCUUCCUUGGGCCGUGGCCCAACUCCCCCGUCUUGACAGAACCAACACCCUGCCAGCCUGUGCCUGUCAUUGCAGGCACCUCACUGUACUGCUGUAGAGAGCACUACUUCCUGCCAGCAUCUGACUUGUUGCUGCACGUCUAGGGAAUCGCAACACUCGCCAGUAGCUUCUUAACUCAUCUGCUUAGCGUCCGUCUGUCGGCGCCACGCUGCACGUGUGGCCGGCAAUCCCCCUGUGUGCCAGUGAUGUGGGCACAGUGGGACUGCCUCGAACCAGACCGAAGAGUGUCUAGCAUGGGAGUGUUGGUGGUUCCCAGUGCGUCUGUGUGGCACGGUGACGCGCCGCCACGGAUGGGGCAGCAAUGGGGCCGGGCGCUGGGGCUGCCGGGGCACAACACUGAGUCUGUUGCCUGCUGGUGCGGGCUCAUGGUUCCCUGAGUGGGAGAGGAGGCAAAGACAGUUGUCUAACAAAUGUUAGUAUGUAGUGAGAGCAAUUAUUUCUUUAUUUUAUUAACUGUUGCAUCAUUUUAACUUUGGCUGUCAGUCCUUGAAUGAAAAUCUUUGACCCUACAAAGGCAUUUUGAUGUAGAGUGGGAAGCGUUUGUCAUGAUGGGAGUGUGAUUCACCCACUAAGGACAGCAUGCUGAUGAACUGUAAAGUUAUGUUCGCAUUCAGGAAAGUGUGGCCUGUGAAAACUGGUUUUAAACUUUAUGCCCUUCCUCCCAGAGGCUGCCAGACACAUCUGGACACUGUACAGUCAUUGUUAUAGUGCUGUGAACAUAGUGUACAUAACUGGUGACCCUGCAAGAGGCAAGACAAACAGUCCGAUACUGUGUUGUUGUCCGAGGCACCGACGAGCCGCAGCGCAGGCUGUUGGUGCAGCACCAGGCAGCGUGCCACUGGCUGCUGUCGCCGAGAUUGUUAUAUAGCCGUAUACAUAUAUAUAUAGAUAUGCAUAUAUAUAUAUACGUAUAUACAGUGUACAGCUGCCCAACACUACCUUUAACGUGUACAUACUGCAUAGCAUUAUUAACGUCACUGACAGCCGCCGCGGGGCGCUGUGAUGCUGUCUUGGUUUUAUUAUUAUUUUUUGUAUUAAUUGGGUUGUUGAUGCCAAAAACCAAUUUACUCCAAGAGUACACAAUUGUUGCCAAAAUUUUGCAGAAGAGCUUAAAUUGUCCACUUUAAAUAGAGCUCCCUUGAGGCUCAGGCCAGGAAAGCAUGGUGAGUCAGUGUUCUAUACCAAAAAGUAUAGUGCUUUACACACAUGCAUGUUGAUUUGUUUGUAAGUAAAGUACGUAGCAUUCUG